CAAGUCAGCACGAAUAGAUUUGCACUGCUAAGUGACAAUGCCGAUGAUGUGAAUAGCCAAAUUUCUGAAGGUGCUGCAAAAGCUACUAAUGCCAAACCUCCGCCGAUUUUUAUAAGAGAAGAGAAUUCAAGCUCUCUUGUUAAAAAAAUCACCCAGCUAAUCGGUAGUAAUAAGUUUCAUAUUAUACCACUAUCUAAGGGAAAUAUUCGCGAAACUAAAGUGCAAAUUUAUGUGAAAGUUUUGGAAGCACUUAAAGAACAAGGUUUCAAUCCAAAACCUGCUGUGAAUAUUUUUAAUAGGAACACAAUCCCUCAACUUUUAUUUAAAGUUGAGCUCGAGCCUGAAAACAAACCACUGGGCAAAAACGAUGUNUCUCUUGUUAAAAAAAUCACCCAGCUAAUCGGUAGUAAUAAGUUUCAUAUUAUACCACUAUCUAAGGGAAAUUUUCGCGAAACUAAAGUGCAAAUUUAUGUGAAAGUUUUGGAAGCACUUAAAGAACAAGGUUUCAAUCCAAAAGCUGCUGUGAAUAUUUUUAAUAGGAACAAAAUCCCUCAACCUAUGUUUAAAGUUGAGCUCGAGCCUGAAAACAAACCUCUGGGCAAAAACGAUGUGCAUCCAAUUUAUAAAUUACAAUAUCUGCUGCAUCGUAGGAUAACUGUGGAAGAACCGCAUAAGAGAAAUGGCCCUGUACAAUGCACCAACUGCCAGGAGUAUGGUCAUACUAGGUCUUACUGCACGCUUCGCUCAGUGUGCGUAGCUUGUGGAGAGCUACAUGUCUCUGCCACUUGCACAUCAAACAAAGAAGACCCGCGUGCAAAAAAUUGUGACCUCGAUCCAAAUUUAGAUACGCCGACCGAUAUUGAAAACUCCAUAGCCGCUCUUGAAUCUACACUUAGAGCAGCCGCUAGCGUUUCCACACCCCAGAAAGGUUAUGUGCAAGAUAAAAAAUAUAAUUUAACGAAUAGGAAAAUUUAA